AUGUUAAUAAGUAGUUGGCUAUUGCCCGUUAAUAUUUCUUAUGGACCAGGUCUUGAACAUUUUAUUCAACGGAGUCAACGAGCCCGACUGCCGAAAAUCUCUCCAACGAUAGAGGAGUCAAGCUCUUACUUAGAUCCAGCAGAUAUUUCAGGACAAGGGCGAAAAGUGAAAUACAUCACAUAUGGAUGCCAAAUGAAUGUAAACGAUAUGGAAGUUGUUCGCGCGCUAUUGAAAAAGAAUGAUUAUGUUGAGACGGAAGAUCUGAAAACUGCUGAUGUAGUCGUGCUAAUCACUUGCUCCAUUCGUGAAGGUGCUGAGGAAAAAGUGUGGCGUGAGCUGAAGCGAAUUCGAAGUGUCGUGGGGAAACGACACAAGCAAAUAAUUGGUGUUCUUGGAUGCAUGGCUGAACGUGUGCGACAUGGUCUCCUUUCGAAGAAGGGCUUGGUCGACGUUGUUGCUGGUCCUGAUGCCUACAGAGACUUACCUCGUCUAUUAGCUGUUGCUAGAGCCGGUAGUAGUGCUAUUAACGUUCAGUUAUCUGUCGAGGAAACAUAUGCAGAUGUUCAACCUGUUCGAGUGGACAACAAUGCAAAAACGGCUUUCGUCUCUAUAAUGCGUGGAUGCGACAAUAUGUGUACAUAUUGUGUUGUACCUCUGACGAGAGGUCGAGAAAGGAGCCGUCCGAUCGAUUCCAUCAUCGAUGAAGUUCGACGUCUCAGUGAUGAGGGUGUGAAACAAAUUACUUUAUUGGGUCAGAAUGUGAACAGCUACAGGGAUCUCUCUGAAUCUAGCUAUGUUGUGGAAGGAACUGCGUCAACGAGCACUGUUCCGGGAUUCUCCACUGUGUAUAAGCCGAAGACAGGUGGUCGGACGUUUCUGACACUUCUUGAGAAGAUCUCCGAGGUGGAUCGCGAAAUGCGUAUUCGCUUCACUUCACCGCAUCCCAAGGAUUUCCCUAUUGAGGUGAUCAAACUGAUCAGGGAGCGGCCGAAUAUUUGCAACCAGUUACAUUUACCUGCGCAAAGUGGUGAUAACAGCACCUUGGAACGGAUGGGACGCGGAUACACGAGGGAGGCCUACCUUCGGUUGGUAGAUGACAUUCGAGGAGUGCUUCCAGAUGUGAGUCUCACCAGUGACUUCAUUGCUGGUUUUUGUGGUGAAACUGAGGAAGCUCAUCAACGGACUCUCGAUUUGAUACGAGAUGUUAAAUACUCGUUCUGCUACGUCUUUCCGUAUAGCAUGAGAGAGAAAACUCGUGCCCAUUAUCGAUUGAUUGAUGAUGUGCCAGAGGAUGUGAAGCGGCGACGACACGAAGAAUUAGCUGCUGUAUUCCGUGAGGAAUCAUUGGCCUUUCACAAAUCUCUUUUGGGAACUGAACAACUGGUAUUGGUCGAAGGAGUAUCUAAACGAUCUCCAACAGCAUUGCAAGGCCGAGCAGAUUGUGGUGCAAAGGUAAUCUUCGAGAACAACGAGGGCUAUGAACCUGGAGACUACGUGGUCGUGAAGAUAAAUGACUGCUCUUCACAGACUUUGCGAGGAGAUUCUUUACGAAAAACUACUCUCACGGAAUUUUAUGGUUAA